ACACCCCAGACCACCAGCACUCACUGCACAGACCAGGGCUCCCGGCUCGGACGCUGACCGGGCAGGACGGGGUAGCACCGCCCCCGAGGACCUGGGGCUUCCCUUCCGGUCCCCACAGCCCCAGGGUCCCGCCGAGCGCCUAAAGCAGCCUGGCCGCGGGGUCGGGCUUUGCCUGUCACGCGGCGGGAGGAGGUAGCCCCGCCCACGAGGGCGGGUCUCCAGGACGGAGCUUCCGGUGAUGGGGGCGCGCGCCCGGCUGGUGGGGUUGGUGCGCGCUGGGCCCACCCGUGUGCCCGUCACCGUCUGCGAGGCGGCCGCGGGCCCCUCAGAAGUUCAGGGCUAGACCGGUCCCCGGGGCCGCGCCGGAGGGAGCCCGAGGAGCGCCGGCGGCCUUUCCUUGCGGGUCACAAAGGGAAACGCGAAGUGGAAGUGCGGCAGCUACCUGAGCUCCAGCUGCUCUUCUUCCCUAAGAAGAUCCAUGAGACACUCCUCAGGAUCACCUAAGUGGGUCAGAGCAUCCUCAGCACUAGGUCUUGGUGGAGACGCCAGAAUGAGAAGGCGCAAGAGUCCUGGUCCCCACCAACCAGCCUCCCCGGUGACGAGUGCGGGGCCUGGGACAGGGACCACUGUGCUCCUGGCUGCCUCCUCUCCUGCCAUCCUCACCCCGUUCAACCCACAGAGGCCCCCAGCUGAUGUUCGUGUGACCUUUGAGGAUGUUGCUGUGCGCUUCUCAAAGGAGGAAUGGCACCUCCUUGAUGAGGCUCAGAGACACCUGUUCCUCGAAGUGAUGCUGGAGAACUUUGAACUCAUAUCCUCUCUAGGUUGCUGCUGUGGAGCAGAGGAUGUGGAUGCACGUCCUGAACAGCAUGUUUCUAUGAGAGUGUCACUGGCCCAGAACCCCAAUGUAGCUGUGUCCUCCCAGAAGAGCCACCCCUGUGAGAGUUGUGGACCAGUCCUGAGAGACAUUUUCCACUUGGUUGAGCAGCAGGGAUCAGAACACAACCUGAAACUAUUGAGGUGUGGGGCAUGUGCAAAGCAGUUUUAUUUCAGCAAGAAAGCCAUUGGCUGCAACCAGACGCUUGCUCAGGACCAUGGUGUCUGUAAUGGAAUACAGUGUUUUGUGUGCCGUGAAUGUGGAAAAUCUUUUACAAAAAUCUCUGAUCUCCAUUAUCAUCAGAAAUUGCACUCAGGAGAAAGUCCAUACGAGUGCAGUAAAUGUGGGAAAUGCUCCAAACUUAUUCCACACCAGCGAGUUGAUUCUAAAGAAAACGGUCAUGAGUGUGGUGAAUGUGGGAAAUAUUUUACCAGAAUCUCUGGUCUUUAUUGUCAUCAGAGCCUCCACACUGGAGAAAGGCCUUAUAAGUGCAGUGAAUGUGGGAAAUCUCUUGUCAGGAACUGUGAGUUGAGUUACCAUCAGAAAUGUCACACUGGAGAAAGGACUUAUGAGUGCAGUCAGAGUGGGAAAUCUUUAACCACUCGCACAGGCCUCCAUUAUCAUCAGAAACUUCACACCAGAGAAAAGCAUUAUAAGUGCUGUGAAUGUGGGAAAUCUUUUACCAGUAACGGUAGCCUUCGUUAUCAUCAGAGAACGCACACAGGAGAAAGGCCUUAUGAGUGCAGUCAGUGUGGGAAAUCUUUUACCAGUAAGGGUAACCUCUGUGAUCAUCAGAGACUUCACACUGGAGAAAGGCCUUUUGAGUGCAGUCAGUGUGGGAAAUCUUUUACCAGUAAGGGUAACCUAUGGCAUCAUCAGAAACUUCACACUGGAGAAAGGCCUUAUGAGUGCAGUCAGUGUGGGAAAUCUUUUCCCAGUAAGAGUAACCUCUGUCGUCAUCAGAAACAUCACACUGGAGAAAGGCCUUAUGAGUGCAGUCAGUGUGGGAAAUCUUUUACCAGUAAUGGUAGCCUUCGUUAUCAUCAGAGAAUGCACACUGGAGAAAGGCCUUAUGAGUGCAGUCAGUGUGGGAAAUCUUUUACCAGUAAGAAUAAGCUCCAUUGUCAUCAGAGAAUUCACACUGGAGAAAAGCCUUAUGAAUGCAGUCAGUGUGGGAAAUCUCUUACCAGUAGGGGGAGCCUCCAUUGUCAUCAGAGACUUCACACUGGAGAAAGGCCUUAUGAGUGCAGUCAGUGUGGGAAAUCUUUUACCAGUAGGGGGAGCCUCCGUUGUCAUCAGAGACUUCACACUGGAGAAAGACCUUAUGAGUGCACUCAGUGUGGGAAAUCUUUUACCAGUAAGGGUAACCUCUGUGAUCAUCAGAAAGUUCACAGUGGAGAAAGGCCUUAUGAGUGCAUUCAGUGUGGGAAAUCUUUUCCCAGUAAGAGUAACCUCUGUCGUCAUCAGAAACUUCACACUGGAGAAAGGCCUUAUGAGUGCAGUCAGUGUGGGAAAUCUUUUACCAGUAACGGUAGCCUUCGUUAUCAUCAGAGAAUGCACACUGGAGAAAGGCCUUAUGAGUGCAGUCAGUGUGGGAAAUCUUUUACCAGUAAGAAUAAGCUCCAUUGUCAUCAGAGAAUUCACACUGGAGAAAAGCCUUAUGAGUGCAGUCAGUGUGGGAAAUCUCUUACCAGUAGGGGGAGUCUCCGUUGUCAUCAGAGACUUCACACUGGAGAAAGGCCUUAUGAGUGCAGUCAGUGUGGGAAAUCUUUUACCAGUAGGGGGAGCCUCCAUUGUCAUCAGAGACUUCACACUGGAGAAAGGCCUUAUGAGUGCAGUCAGUGUGGGAAAUCUUUUACCAGUAAGGGUAACCUCUGUCAUCAUCAGAAAGUUCACACUGGAGAAAGGCCUUAUGAGUGCAGUCAGUGUGGGAAAUCUUUUACCAGUAAGGGUAACCUCUGUCAUCAUCGGAAACGUCACAGUGGAGAAAGGCCUUAUGAGUGCAGUCAGUGUGGGAAAUCUUUUACCAGUAGUGGGAGCCUCCAUAGUCAUCAGAGACUUCACACUGGAGAAAGGCCUUAUGAGUGCAGUCAGUGUGGGAAAUCUUUUACCUAUAAGAGUAGCCUCCGUUAUCAUGAGAGUCUUCACACCCGAGAAAGGACUUAUGAGUGCACCGAAUGUGGAAAAUCAUUUGCCCUGAACAAGCAGUUGCAUCGUCAUCAGAGAGUUCACAGGAAAAAGGGUUCAGGAUUGCAGUGAAUGUGGGAAAUAUUUUGACAGAAACAGUCACUUUCAUUCUCAUCAGAGUGUUCACAGGGUGUGCUGAUACAUUUGAAGGGAAUACUUUCAAAGAUCUUGCAAAGGUCCGUGUGUCAUAAUGUCUGCAAUUCCAUUGGUGAUGGUCACUUGGGUGUAGGAUAGUAGGGUUUAGGCAGCCGUGGGCAAACUACGGCCCGCGGGCCAGAUCCAGCCUGUUUGAAAUGAAUAAAACUAAAAAAAAAAAAAAGACGAUACCCGUUUAUGUAAUGAUGUUUACUUUGAAUUUAUAUUAGUUCACACAAACACUCCAUCCAUGCUUUUGUUCCGUCUCUCCGGUCCAGUUUAAGAACCCAUUGUGGCCCUCGAGUCAAAAAGUUUGCCCACCCCUGGUUUAAGGCAAAGCAUAAUUGCUACAGAAUCACUGGCCCAAUAAGGAUUGUGCAUAAUUCUUAAAAUAUAGAUAGGUUUCAUUUAUCUUUAUAAAUAACUCAUAAUGCAAUUUCCAAGUCAGAGAAGAGGUGAAUUUUUAACUUAAAGAAAUUAGGAAAUUCUGAAUUAAGCCAAUUGCACGUUUUUGCAUUCUCCCAGCAGUAUAUGACACGUUUUUGCAUUCUCCCAGCAGUGUAUGACAGAGUUAAUUCCUCCACAUCCUAGAAAAGGUUUGGUCAGUUUUCCUUUAUUUAAAUUUUUUUGUAACUUUGUCAUGCUUUAUUUACUGUUGUUCUAUUUCAUUCUUUCUAAGGCUUACUGGUGAGCCUUUUUUCAGAUGUGCAUUUGCUAUCUCUAUAUUUGGUUAAAUGUCUGAGCAUAUGCUCUGCCAAAUCUAUGAAUUUUGGCAAGUUUCUUUAACAAACGGACAGUGAAACAAAAAUGCAGGUUAGAAUCUCACUCAUUUUGUGUCUUUUUUGCUUUGUAGGAUAAGUGUUUUUCAUAUUGGAAAAAAAUAAAAUAAACAACUGACUUAAGAUAA